AUGGCAGCCAGAAAGCUUGCUGGUGAGGCUUCGAAGUUGACCGCUUUUGUGCAGCUCCAUACUGACCAUUCCCGACUGUCUACACUGCCAUCGCCUCUUAUUUUGGCACAUUCGGAUUGCAGCGGAGAUUGACCGCACACUCAAAAAGGUGGCGGAAGGUGUGCAGGCAUUCGAAGACUUGUAUGACAAAAUGCAAAUGUCCACGAAUCAAGGGCAAAAGGAGAAGAUGGAGGCUGAUCUAAAGACGCAGAUCAAGAAGUUGCAAAGGAUGAGAGACUCGAUCAAGACUUGGUUGCAGAGCAAUGAUAUCAAGGAUAAAAAAGCACUGCUGGACAACAGGAAACUCAUCGAGCUGGUAAGUGACGCCAGAUACAGUCUCCGAGCUCGAUUUGUGUGCAACACGUCGAGUUUUCUCGGUCGAGAAAGAUGCGGACUGAAUCUCGGCUCCGAUCAUUAUAUGCUCCAGCAAAUGGAGAAGUUUAAGCAGUGCGAGAAAGAGAUGAAGACCAAAGCUUUCUCAAAAGAAGGUCUCAUAGCGGCGGCUCGUCUGGAUCCCGCAGAAAGAGCCAAGCUCGAACUCACGCAGUGGUUGACCAACAAUGUGGACGAGCUGUCACAUCAAAUGGAAGCUGCAGAGGCUGAGGUGGAGCAAUUGGCAGGAUCAGGCAAAAAGAAGAAAGGAGCGGGAGGCGUGGCAGCUGAGCGUUCUGCAGAGCUGGAAAGACUCAAUGAGAGAAGGACAUGGCACAUCAGCAAGCUGGAGCUGAUAUUACGCUUGAUAGAAAAUGGCAACUUAGACACGGAACAGGUGUCGAACAUCAAAGAAGACGUCGCCUACUUUGUCGAAUCUAACGCGGUGAGUCAUGGGGUAGUCAUCGCAGGUCGUAGCUGUAUGGGCAUACAAACCUCAUACUCUCAAUUCUUUGCCUGACUAGGACGAGGAUUUCGAAGAAGACGAGGGCAUUUAUGAUGAGUUCAACCUUGACGAACAAGAGGAGGCCUUCGGACUCAAGGAGAAUGAAGAUGAUGAAAGUGGCGAUGACGACUCCGCCUCGGAAGGUGAGUCGGCUGGUGCGGUCGCGACCGGAUGUUGCAGUCCGCUGAGCACCAAGUCUGUGUAUUCCACAGAAGCGCCGCUUCCAAAACCUGCUGUCAAGCCCAAGAAGGAAGAGAAAGAGGAAGUGGUCAAGAAACCUUCGACCAGAAAAGCCUCGGAUGUCAGUAGAGAUAGCAAGCCGGCCGUGGUCACCAAAGCAGCACCAACUCCUGCGAGUGCUGCUGCGCCCCCGCAUUCACCUGUCGCUACAGCUUCCAUGACCUCUCCUCCAAAGCCAGCAGCAGCCCCUCUACCUCCGAUUCGAUAUGCAGCCGCAGCCGCUGCUGCAGUCGCGCAAUCGUCUGGUGGACCUGCUCCCACAGCGUCUCUCUCGCCGACAACUACAGCAUCGCAGCUCCCAGAUGGUUCUAGAUCGCCGUCGUCUUCGAAAGCUGCAUUGGAAGAUGCAGCAUCCUCGCCGGCUCCGUCCUUCGCUCCUUCCACCGACACAGCGCCUACUGCAGACGGAACUACUGCCAGUGCUACCACUGGUCCGCCCGGUCUGGCUGCGCGGCCUGCGAAUGGAUCCGCAAAGAGCUCUCCAGCUCCCAGGCACGCGACCGUCAAAUCGGCGCCAUCUCCUCUCGCGAGCACAUCUGCUGCUCCAGGUGCCCCCGUCGAAGGCAACAGCGGCGGCACUCAAAGGAACGCAUACACGGACGAGUCAGCUGUGCCGCAGGAGGAGACAAGUGAAUAUCAACCUGCACAACUGGCGGCGAGCUCUGCCGCUGCGAGUCUGGUCCAGCCUUCAGGCGGAGGAGCUGGCACCUCAAGCGAGCAGGCCGCUGCGCAGCGUGAGCACGGCACAGAGCCCAGGUUGCCGAACAGCUUGAGCGACCUGGUCACCAGUUUCGACGCCGCGAAACACAAGUCACUUGAGAGGGGAGAUAACCUCGACGAACUCCACAAGACCCUCCAAGCAAGUGCGCUGGGUGUUCCCGAACCUCAGGACAGCGAUGCGCCGCGAUACUAUCGACCCCAAAAUCCCUGGGCGUCCCCUUCUUGGUACCCGCAGCAGCCUCUGAGCAUCUUCGACAACCCGGCGCUGUACAGCAAAGUUGAAGACGACACUCUCUUCUUCGUUAGUCUUGCAUUGGCAAGGCACGGCGCGAGCUCGCCUGUACGCUUGCUGACCUCGAUUUCGCCCAUGUCAGAUUUUCUACUACUCGCAAAGGGAAUACCAUCGGUACCUUGCCGCCAACGAGCUCAAGCGCCAAUCCUGGCGAUUCGUGAGUCCACCAACGUCAAAGAUGUCUUCUCAGAAGAUCUAUCCCUGACUCGCAGACGGUUUUGGUACGGCAGUCGCUGCGCUUUGGCACAUGGUUCCAAAGGUAUGCUCAGCCCAAGGUUGUUCACGAUGACUACGAGGAAGGGUCCUAGUGCGUGACAAGAAGCGUUGAGCAGGCUUCUUUGACUUCAACUUACGUGUCUCACGAUGCCUCAUCUCAGCAUCUAUUUCGACUUUGAGAAUUCAUGGCAGCAAAGGAGAAAGCAGACAUUCCGGUGAGCCCGUUCUUGAAUGCGUUCAAGCAGCUGGUCAUGCGACUCAUCGCGAUCUCCCAUCUAUUCUGGCGAGCACAGAUUCGAGUACCAGUACCUGUGAAUAUUGUUCAACCAUUAGGGAUUUGCAGACUUCAAGCUGACGCCACAUUUUCAUGUCACUUCUGCCUCGCAGGGCUCCGUGA